GCUCCUCUUACGGCACAUUCUCAUAAACACACACAUGCGCACACUUACUCGUACAAGUGCUCUCCAAACGGCACACUCUCACUUCAGCUUUUGCACAGGAUGUUAUGAAAUCGGCACUCUUGCUGAAACUUGGUGAAGGUCGCUGGGUGUCCUCUCUUGCAUCCACCCACCCACUCUUCACCUGACACACACACACACACACACACGCACACAUUGCUGUGCAGACAGCUGAAGCACGCUCAGCUCAGUCCCUGUCCUCUCCCUUCUCGUGUGAGGAGCCUGCCGGUGGAUCGGAGCGAAGAGGCCCCACUGGCCGGCGUCGAUUCCUUCUCGCAGCCCAGACGUUUUCUCAGACGGGGAGGGAUACCGAUGGCCGUGACCGACAUUCCAGAGGACGACCUGGAUGAGAUGAUGCGUGAAGAAGCGGAGGAUGUCUUCUAUGAAGACGGAGUGUCUUCGCGCGUCCCGGAGAUCAUGGCGGCCGGCACCCACUCCCCUGGAGGGCCCAACGGGAUCAUACGGAGCCAGUCGUUCGCUGGAUUCAGCACGUUGCAGGAGCGGCGCUCUCGCUGUAACUCGUUCAUUGGGAACUCCGCGGUGCCGAAGAAGCCUCAGUCGAAGCCCAAGAAGCCCCACCUAUCUGGCCAUAAAGGCGGCAGCAGCUCCAGGGAGCCACAGCCCAAACGACUGGAGGAGGUCUACACGGCUCUCAAACAAGGCUUGGAUGAAUACCUUGAAGUUCAUCAGACGGAGCUGGAUAAACUCACAUCUCUGAUGAAAGACAUGAAGAGGAACUCUCGCCUGGGAGUGCUGUAUGAUCUCGACAAGCAAAUCAAAAGCAUUGAGAGGUACAUGAGGCGCCUCGAGUUUCACAUCAGCAAGGUGGAUGAGCUGUACGAAGCUUUCUGUAUCCAGAGCCGCCUGAGGGACGGUGCCAUCAGGAUGAAGCAGGCCUUCUCCUCCUCUCCCUCCACCAAAGGCACCAAAGAGAGCAUUGCAGAGGUCAACCGCCGGUACAAGGAGUACACCGAGAACAUGAGUGCUUUUGAGAGCGAACUGGAGAAUCUGCUUGGGGAGUUUCACAUCAAAAUGAAAGGAUUGGCAGGCUUUGCUAGGCUCUGUCCUGGAGACCAAUAUGAGAUUUUCAUGCGGUACGGUCGGCAGCGCUGGAAGCUGAAGGGGAGAAUCGAAGUGAACUCCAGGCAAAGCUGGGACGGAGACGAGAUGGUCUUCAUGCCCCUCAUCUCCGAUCUCAUCAACAUCAAGGUGACCGAGCUGAAGGGUUUGGCCACUCAUAUGCUGGUGGGCAGUGUCAUCUGUGAGACCAAGGAGCUGUUCACAGCCAUGCCCCAGGUGGUGGCUGUGGAUGUCAACGACCUGGGAACAAUCAAGCUCAACCUGGAGGUGACGUGGUACCCCUUCGAUGUCGAAGACCUGACUCUAUCAUCGAGCAACUUGAGCAAAGCUGCAGCCCUCCAGAGACGAGUAUCGGUCUACAGCCAGGGUACUCCGGAGACCCCCACCUUCCAGGACAGCUCCUUCUUUUCCACUUUACCGGACGACGUCUUUGAGAAUGGCGGCUGCGGUGUGGCCGAGUGCAAACGUCUGUCCUUCACCUUCUCUGACACGUCGGGGUCUUCGGCCAGCCCCGCCCAGAGCUCCUUCUCCCAGAGCCAGUCCAACCCCGAGAUCACCGUCACUCCUCCAGACACAGAUUCGUUACCCACCCCCAUCCUGCAGACCAGGGAGGACUCCAUUGCAGAGGAACAUCUAGAGGAGGAAGAGGAAGAUGAGGAGGAGGAAGUGUACGAGGAGGACGGGGAAACGGGAAGCAGAGGGAGCAGGAACAGUGCCAGCCUUGCCAGCGACGAAGCCGACGUCGCCGACUCGGAGUGGGAGCGCACCGAGUCCCAGCGCAACUCCAUCUCCAACUGCGGCUCGGCCGCGCCGUCGCUGUGCUCUGACGGACUCCUGUCCACCGUGGCGCCCGAGGACGUCUUCCUGGACCACGCCGACGAACUGAAGCCGGUGGAGCUGGACACUGAGGAGCCGGGCAACCUGACCAGGCAGCUUGUGAAGAGGCUGACGUCGUCAGAAAUCAUCUCACCUGCCGGGAGCUCGGCUGAAGCCGGGGGCAGCCUGGGCUGGGCGGGGGAGGGGAGCAGGGCUUUCCUGGAGAGCAGCCUGGAGGAAGCCAUCCACAGCCUGUUGACCAAGCUGGAGUCGCUGACCCAUCGCUGCAGGGAGCUGCAAGACCUGGAGCAGGAAGUGAUGCGCCUGGAGGACCUGCUCAAGUGUCGCCUGCCGGGUCACAGAAGCCGGUCGUCCAGCCUCAGCCUGACGGUGGAGAGCGCCCUGGAGAGCUUCGACUUCCUCAACACGUCUGACUUUGAUGACGACGACACCGGAGACGACAACACGGGCAUCUGCAGUCUCCCACAGAAAUCUCCACCUUUAGAUGCAGACCCAGAAAGGAUUGAGAGCCAGCAUCCGGAGGCCAGAGGUCACCUGAGUGAAGCCCUGACAGAAGACACCGGGGUUGGAAACAGCGUGGCAGGAAGUCCGAUGCCGCUCACCACUGGAAAUGAAAACCUGGAUGUAGCCAUCGUCAUCCACCUGCAGUACUGCAUUCACCUCAUCCAGAUGCUGACCAGCGGGAUGGGUGUGUGGCAGCGACGCGGUGUUCUCCUCAAACUGUCGGGACAGACGCAGCUGCUGGAGGAGCUGGCAGAGAUCAGCGUUGACAGGCUCGGAGCCGUCACCUCCGCUGCCGACGUUCUCCCAAGCCUUGCGGAGCGCUCGCAGCUGAUGACUCUGUGGUCAGAGUGCAGCGGCUCUGCGGGGCUUUUCCACACUACGCUGGACCGGGUUUUCAAACACAUGAACCAGCGCUACUCAGCAGUGCUGCAGGAAAGACACCCACACAGCACUGACGCAGUGAUUGGCAUGGUUGUGGGUGAGAUGGUGGACAGGAGUGACCUGGCUGCGGCGCACGGCCCUCCUGCUGCGGCGCUGUCCCGGGACGUCCUGACUGUGUUUCAGUUCCACAACUACAUCCUGCAGCGCGACGUUCAGGACAUGGAGACUCACCUGUUGCACCUGGCCAGAGAAGAGGGCUUUGCGAAGACCCUGUGCGGUGAUGAUUUCUCUCGGCAUCUGGCACAACUGGAGGAGGUGCCUUUGUCGACUCUCUGGCCUCAGAACGGCACCCUGAGGGCCCUGGCUUCCCUGCUGACGGCAGAAGACCCCCAGGUCAACAAGGCAGCAGCCGACUACCUCUCCUCUGGAGCGUCAGACAGACACUUCAGGACCAGGGCUGUAGAGUACUACACCCAGGCGCUGUCGGAGGCUGGAGUUCAGAGCCAGAGGGCGGCCUGCUCGGCUCUCAGCUGUCUGCAGGCAGUGGAGAGCCUGAAAGCGGUCGUAUCGCUGUGUGAUUCAGCUGAUGAGGAGCUGCGCCAUGUCGCCAUAGAGACGCUGCUCACAUUUGGCGAGGAGGGCCAGCUGGCGUACGAGCAGCUGGACACUGUGGUUGGGGAUAUGGUCCGUCUGGGCACGCGGAGAGGAAACGCCGUCACCACCGCCUUCUGAACCAUGGAGCCGCUUGAAACCUAACAAACUGCCGAGGAGCGCUGAGGGGACGACGUCGAGCUCUCCGAGCUGCUCUGCUUCUCCGUCUGACGGCAAGAAACCGAUUUAUGCUCGUAGCUGCCUCUCGAGAAGAACUAACACCAAACAGACGGUCGUAACACACAACCUACACCCCUCCUGGAUCCGGACUUGGACUCUUUUUACUUUAAUAUGAGCACUCCUCUUUUCUUAACUUGCUUUCUGAGCCAGGCAGGCCAAGUCUCAGGCUGAACUGGAAGCGAAGCUGGAACUUGACUGGACCCAAAGCUGCUGCUGCUGCUGCUGCACAGACUGUGGAUAUUCCUGCAAAGCAUCCUCUCCUUGGAAACAAGCACACACCAACCACAUCACUUACUAUUAAGGAAUCUGUUCAUAUCUACAGACCGACGUGUCGCUUAAAUUUUUUUUGUGAUUUUUAAGUAAUUAUUGCAGCAUGUUUUAGUUGCGUUGCUUUUUAGGUGCUUUCAGAAGACGGCACUAGAAAGCUUGUAAAUGCAGCAUCUUUUACACGGCUGGAAAAUACACCUGGUUGUGUUCGCAGUGUAAUUUGAUUCGUGUUUUCUGGUACGUUCCAUUUGAUUUUCAGGGAUUUUGCAUAGGCUGAAAGACAUGUUGGUGGAAGAUGGUGUUUUUUUUUGUUUUUUUUUAGCAGUAAGUGAAGUCAGAAAGCAGUUUACAGCCUCCUUUGUGAAGAGAUGAAGCAGGGGCCCUCUGUUCCACUCGCUCAGCAGUUUUAUGUCUGAGCCUUUUCACGCUUGCAGUUUAACAAGUGCAAUCUUUUGUUUUGUACAUAUGAUUGUUUUCUUUUUCUUUCGUUUUCGUGCACCUCGUCGAUACGAGGAGCCCGCUGGAUGACGUCGGCUUCGACCACCUGAGCCUUGAUGAGGUCGAGGCGGCAGAUUCCACAGAAGCUCCUUUUUGUAAAUGUUUUUUUUUUUUCCUGCCGGGUCAGGAGCCGCUGCAGGGUAUUAAAUCCGGCUCGGGAUUUCUAGAGAACGCACGUUUUAAUAUCUGAAAAAAAGGAGAAAAAAAAGAAGAGGAUAGGAACUGAGUGGUAUCGUAGCCUCGUUUUAGGCUAACUGCACAUUUACAUAUUAAAAGGCUUUGUUUUUCCACAUCUCUAAAACGCUGUGUGGGGAAAAAAAAUGACCGGAGGUAAGGAUCUACAGGUGCAUCUCAAUAAAUUUGAGAAUACUUUAAGGUUAAAUUAAAGUCAUGGAGUUCACAAAGCAAAAAAUUGUAUUUCAGCCAUUUAUUUUGGUUCAUUUUGAAAGUUCACCAGUUGACAAAAUUUAGCUCCUUACUUGUACGCGAUAAUUGUGAAAAUAUUUUAGGCAUCAGUGACACAAGGUCACUUUUUGAAUUAAAUCGAGACAAGCUUUUGAAUGAUAUUUUGAUUUAUUGAGCUGCACUUGAAAUGCCUGCUUGUAUCAUGCUACCUGUACUACUGAGUCGAGUGCUAACACAAGACAAACAUUCACAUAAAAACCUGUUUCCUAUUUAUUUACUCCUUGUAACUCUACUAUUCUUUCAGAGUUAAGCUGCAAGUAAUGCAGAAAAACCAUGUUCUGUGAAUAAUUUUCAUAUUUAUGUUGUAUUUUCAGGUCUAACGUGAACUGUUGACCUUGAUAGUUUUAUCAUGGUCUUGUAAACUGAUGGUUAAUUUUAAUUGGAGUUUAUUUUAAUAGAAAUAUAUUAGAUUAUCAUUUUUUGGAGGAGAUUUGAUAUGUUUUCUUCAUUGAAGUAUCAUAAAAAAGUUUGAGACUUCUAUAUAUUUAUAAAUGUUACUUUAUCAACUAGAGGAUGUACUGUAACCAAAGGAAAUUUAAUUAUAAUUUUGACCAUUUUUUAACAAAAAAAAAGAGCUAAUUCAAGAGAAUGUAUUUUCAAUAAAACAUUUGCAUUAAGGCCAGAACUCAGAUCUAAAAGGAAAAGCACAACUUAAAGAAUUAAACCCACAAUAGAUGGAUCUUGUUACAUUUAGAUGUAACUUCUGAAUCCAGUUCUAAGCCAUAUUAAAUAUUCUUAUACAUUGUAUUUUUUUUCCUGUAUUAUCUGUAAAUGUGUGAAGUUACUAAAAUAUUGUCAUUUGUUUUUCUAUACACUUUUUGCAAAGUAUGGUCCAAAUCUGAAGCAAUUUUCAUUUCAUUAUGUGCAUAACAGUACAGUAUUUUUAGCCUAGCAUCUAAAUUAACCUUCUGUAUAUAGCAUUCUCCCUUUUAUGAACUUGCAGUUGACCAGUGUUUAUAAUUAGUGGGCCAUGUGAAUACCAAGCACUGUCGAGUACAAGCAGGCAAGUGUGCACAUGUGGAGUCAUUUACAGUUUUAACACUUUGCUGAAAUUGAAAUUAAUCUGUGGUCCAUAGCUUCAGCACUGAUCCAUCUACUACUCAUCUGUUAGCAGUAUUUGUGCUCCAAUAUUGCAAUAAAGUAUAUUUUUGCAUAUUUAAAA